UCUCCCCACUUUGGAUAGAACAGCAGUGUAAGAGCAAUCAGUACCAGAGAACGAAAUAUUAUCUAAAUAACAAGUGGUGCAAAUACUACUACAUAGUACCUACAUACACACUUUGUUACAAUCAUGACGAAGCUAAUUUUUCACAAGUUUAUCUUCCAAGUUACCCUUGUUUCCAUUUUUAUUUCAAAUUUGCAACUUGGAAAUGGCCAAACGCCACCCAACGAUCACCAGAUUCGGCUGCAAAGAGUUGUAUAUCCAACAACUCCGACAAUCUCAUCUAGUAGCACAGACCCCAAAACUUUUAGAGACACAGAGCUGAGCUUUUCUAAUGCUGCUGUGAAACAAUUCUGCGCAUAUGGAAUGUGGGCACUGUACAAUACGAUUAACUAUGGCGAGUUAAAAGAAAGAAGCACGUCCGUAAUGACAAUUCGAGGAUCUGCGUUUAACCCAAAGUUUACCUGCGUUCCGUUCGCUAACUAUCCUGACUUAAAGAACACAAAGUCUGUCAGAUUUCUUGGAAAUCCGGUCGUUAAUAUGCCAGGGCUCUUAAUAAUGUCGGAGCCUAAUUGGAUUGGAUUAGAGUUUAAGGAAAACAAUCCUGGCACGACGCCAACACCAACAACGACAACGACUACAACAACGACAGCAACAAUCAUGUCACCAACAGUGCCAACAGUGCCAACACCCCCCGCCGCCCUCGAACCUGCAUCAAUCCCCGUCGACCCACGCAUACUUCUCGGCUCGAUUGCAAUAACUGGAACGACAGGGAUAUGGAAAAUCUGUGAAGAUGUCGCUUGCAAAAUUAAUUUAGUUUGUAUCGAUAUGACGAAACAGCGUUCGGGAUUAUUUCUAAAUAAAAAUGUCCCCAUUGAUAAAUCCAUUGGAUGGCCGGUGUACGUGCGAGCAUAUCAAUUCAGUGCAACAGGAACAUGCGGUGAUGAUGACGGGACUGUACCAUCCACGAGAACGUUAUCAACCCGGAGUUCCGGACCGGGGGGAAAACCAGGCAUUGAGGUUUUGUAAUGCGUAAUGAAUUAUGUAUUAACGAGUCCUAAUGCCCACAUGUAUGUACGUGAACUUGUUAUCAUAAUUAAUUGCAGGUGAAUAAACUAUUUAUUGCGGGUAAUUGAUUAGUUAAUUAAUAAAUGAAUUAGUUACUUAGUUAAUAUAAUGAGGUGCAAUUUUAUAUUCGCAAAUUAUUUCAUUUGUCUCCGGACACGUACACGGUGCAUACAUAUCUACGAUCCGCGCAUAUCUUCAUUUCAUAAUGACACAUACCCUUUAUAUCUGCAUAUUAUUAUGUGCCAUCACCUCUGAGGUUAGGUCUGCCUCCUGGACGGGAUUUAGGCGAGCAAGACAAGACUUCAUCGUAACCGAUCCACCCCCCACGGUGUCAACACUUACUCCGACGACAACCUCAUCGACCCCCACAAUAACCACCGGAAGUUCAGUAAAUUAUACAACCUCGAUUCCACAGGUAGCCCCAGUUGGAACCGUUAUUACCUUAAAUCCAGGCAAUGUAUAUAAUAUUUCCGCAAGAAAUUUUUACUACGGUGGUGGAGAAAUUUUAACCUGGCAAUUUGUGGCAAAUAAUUGUGACUUGUACCUGAGUUGUUCGUGUGUCCCGAUUCCAGCUUCAUGGGAAUGUUUGAAGGGUUAUCUAAAAUUGGACACGGGUUCGAUACUGCACAGCCAAAAAUUCUGUGGAGGAAAUCGUCCCAACGAUUUCACUUCGGACACGGGAGAAAUAAGGAUGAAAUACAAACCGAAUAAAAAACGAGGCUCAUCCGGUCCCGAUUGUCAAGCAGCGUGUGCACCGUUUGGUGCCAAGCACCAAAUAUUGCCAACUGUGGGCUGUGUAGCAUAAUAUUUAGUUGCCUACUUACAUACAUACCUACACUCCCAAGAAUAAUUUUACCCCUUAGAAAAGAAAGUGCAUUCUGAAUUCAUAAUAAAUUAUGUUGAUAUUUAUACAAA